AUGCUGUCCCUAUCUACUUGGAAGACAGUAUCUCUCUGUGAUAUUGCAAUGAUGGUGAUCUAUUCAACUGCUACCAUUUCAAUCAAAGUGUCUAAAUUAAUUUUCUCUCCUUUUUUUUCUCUCUUCUCCUCCUCCUCCUCUCUCUCUCCUCCUCCUCUCUCUCUCCUCCUCCUCUCUCUCUCCUCCUCUCUCUCUCUCCUCCCUCUCUCUCCUCCUCCUCUCUCUCUCCUCCUCCUCUCUCUCUCCUCCUCUCUCUCUCUCCUCCUCUCUCUCUCUCCUCCCUCCUCUCUCUCUCCUCCUCCUCUCUCUCUCCUCCUCCUCCUCCUCCUCCUCUCUCUCCUCCUCCCUCUCUCUCCCCUCCUCCUCCUCUCUCCCCCCUCCUCCUCUCUCCCCCUCCCCUCUCUCCCCUCCUCCUCUCUCCCCUCCCUCCUCUCUCCCUCCUCCUCCCUCUCCCUCCCUCCUCCCUCUCCUCCCCUUCUCUCUCCCUCCCUCCCCUCUCCCUCCCUCCCUCUCUCCCUCCUCCUUCUCUCUCUCCUCCUCCUUCUUCUCUCUCUCCUCCUCCUCCUUCUCUCUCUCCUCCUUCUUCUCUCUCCUCCUUCUUCUCUCUCCUCCUCCUCCUCCUUCUCUCUCUCCUCCUUUUUUUUUCUCUUUCUUUUUAAAACAUACUUUGAAAUAUCACUUAACUUUUUAGAACAAUUUUAUUGCACUGGAUAA